AUGGUAUUCAACAGCGUGUUAGUCGUAUCAACGGCGAUUGUGUCCACGGAUGUAUGGCAAUCAAUUGCAGGUUUCUCGGACCGAAUUACCAUCCAAGAAUUAUUGAAUUUUGUGAUUUGUUUUCCGCUUGAAGAAUUAGGUCAAUUUGCGCAUUCUGUUUGGAAUUUCUUUUGCCUACCUACAUUGCCUGCUAAUUCGUAUUUUUACUCCCAUUAUUAUAAUGAUAGUGAAGAUGGUGAAGAUUCCGAUUCGUUUAUGAGUUCAACAGAUUUUUGUUUUUCUGGUUAUGAUCCGUAUUCCGAUAAUCAUUCUGACUGA